GGGUGAUCCCCUACGACGGGGCUGCGCUUUAGAUUGGUGGUCGCCUUGGACGUCUGUGGCUGACCUGUUGGCCGGGAAUGGACCAACAGGACAAAGCGGCAACAGUGGUGAUGGCCUCACGGCCGCAAACACCACAACUUCAGGAGCCAGUGACUUUCCGAGACGUGGCUGUGGACUUUACCCAAGAGGAGUGGGGACAGCUGGACCCUACCCAGAGGACUCUGUAUCGUGACGUAAUGCUGGAGACCUUUGGGCACCUCCUCUCUGUGGGUCCUGAUCUUCCCAAACCUGCAGUUAUCUCCCAGCUGGAACAAGGUGCUGAGCUGUGGGUGGCAGACAGAGGAGGCACCCGGGCCUGCCGUCCAGGCUGGAUUCUUGAACCAGAAGACCACACAUCGCUCAAGGAGCAGGGCCUCCCUAAAAAGGAACCAUCCCCCAUUACAGCAAGGGAUUCCAUGACAGGGAUAGAUCGGGAAAGUGAUGGCCAGAAGCAGGCACUGAAGAGGGACCAGAGUAGCUUAGGGUACUUGAAAGGCCUCAAAGAGAUACCAGUCCAUAGUCAAAGCUCUGGAAAGGCUGGACUCGGGGAAACCUGUGUUCUUAGGUUAAACAUGGAUUCAUUCCCAGACACUUCUAGAAGACAAUAUGGCUCUACUAAUGACUCACAAGUUCAAAAUUCAGAACAUAAACCAAGCUUAGUCAGUCAGCAGACAGACUCCCCAGCAACACAGUCCUUUGAAGACAAUGGCUGCCAAAAGGCCUUUGAUCGGAUUAUGACCGUUAAAGAACUCACAAAAGGUCAGCUGCAAGAUAAACCCUAUAAGUGUACCGAUUGUGGGAAGUCAUUUAACCAUAAUGCACAUCUCACAGUGCACAAGAGAAUCCAUACAGGAGAGAGACCUUACAUGUGCAAAGAGUGUGGGAAAGCCUUCAGCCAGAACUCCUCCCUUGUUCAACAUCAGCGAAUCCACACCGGAGACAAGCCCUACAAGUGUGAGGAAUGUGGAAAAUCUUUUUGCCACAGUACACACCUCACGGUCCACAGGAGAAUUCACACUGGAGAGAAACCCUACGAGUGUCAGGACUGUGGGAGGGCCUUCAAUCAGAAUUCAUCCCUGGGGCGGCACAAGAGGACACACACUGGGGAGAAGCCGUACACCUGCAGUGUUUGUGGGAAAUCCUUCUCCAGGACCACGUGCCUGUUCCUGCACCUGCGGACUCACACUGAGGAGAGGCCGUACGAGUGUAAUCACUGUGGAAAGGGCUUCAGGCACAGCUCCUCCCUGGCCCAGCAUCAGCGGAAGCACGCUGGGGAGAAGCCCUAUGAGUGUCAACAGAGGCUGAUCUUUGCGCAGACAGCAGCUUUCAUGAAGCACGGGUGGACAGAGCCCGUCAGCUGCGACCCGCCAUUGAAUCAGGAUGAACGGACUCAGCGGAGCGACAGGCCCUUUAAAUGUAAUCAGUGUGGAAAAUGUUUCAUUCAGAGCUCUCACCUCAUCCGACAUCAGAUAACCCACAACAGAGAGGAAGGAACACGUGGACGGAGCCGAAGACGGGGCCAGCCUUGUGGGCGGGGCUCAAAACUCCUUCGGAAUGCACGCUCAACUUCCAGAGAGCUUCCUGUGGCCCAGGCCAAGGUAGGACAAGCAAGCAGAGCCCUGGCCUUGUUCGACCUCCGUGAAAUUAUGCAGGAGAAAAGCCCUGUGCAUGUAAUUGGGGUAGAAGAACCUUCAGUGGGCAGUUCCAUGCUAUUUGACAUCAAAGACUCUACCUAGGAAGGUAACUCUUCAGAUACCUUUUGAGUUACCGAGCACAAACGUAAGUCCACACAGUGUAUUGGUGGCGUGAGAAGAUGGCAUAAUGUCAGUGGUGACCUCCGACUUCAAAAGGAAGUUGAGGUUGGUAGUUCUCAAAUG